CUUUAAUUUCAGAAUCAUUGCAUUGUUAUCAGAGUUGCUUUGUCAUUAGUAUCAUCCUUCUUGGUAGUGAUGCUUUGUCGAUAGUAUCGUCCUUCUUGGUGGUGAAGUUUUUGUCAUUGAUAUCACCGUCUUUAUG